UCCCCAUUAAUUUCGAACAACACAGAUAUAUCAUUGCAGUAAGAUUCAUAAGCCUAAUUACCACGAUGUGCACCUGAAUUCGAUUAUGACAUUCUCCUUUGUAUUUCUCUUUGCAGAAUACUCAAUACAGCAACAAGAUGCACUAGGGGACACCCUGUACUGCGGUCUUGUCUUUCUCAUAGCAGGAAAAUGUUUCAAACUGUUGUAAGAACAUUAAUAUUUGUCCUUAAGAACAUAUUUUUGAAACAACUGAACUCGAUUGGAAAAUAUAACCGUGUGAAUGAAAGACAAUGUUUUGAUAUGUUUGAGUAUAACAAAUUGAAAAUUUGUUAUGAUAAACUGUAUGAUUUUGCUCAAAUAUCUCGGAUUUCUACAAUUUAUGAAGCAGAUUUAAAGUACAUAAUGGCUUGUUUUGAAGAAGAAUUAAGAACUUGCAGCAAAGUUCACAUAAAAAUGCUUAUCAAUAUUCUUAUCGGUUCAUUCCUUGGCGACGAAAAAGAAUCAAACAGUAUAGCCGAAAAUAAUGGAUCUGAGUUUUUCAAUUCUAGAAAUUCUGAGAAAAAUACAACGAACUGUAACGGAAAACAAAGAGACAAUCUGAAAGACGAAAUUGUCUCUAAUUUAGAUGAUGAUUAUAAUGAUGGAAACCAAGACCUUCAUAAAGUUAAUGGGAGAAGUGAUUAUAAUAAUUUUACUGAGGAUGGGAAAAAUACAUACGAGUCCGAUGAAUAUGACGACUCGGAUGAAAAUUCACUAUCAAAUGAAGAUGAAGAACAUGAUAUAGUUCGACGACGAGGUUUUGAAAUUGAUUGCGAAGCUUCAGAUAGAAAAUUAGAGUCUUGCAUUGAAGACAUCAAACCCGAAAUAAUUGAAAAAUGCAUGCCAGGUAUGGCGAAUUUUAACUACACCAAUCGUCUACCAGAAAAUGAAGCAGCAUAUAAGUUGCAAAAAUAUAAUUCAGAAAUUUGUCUGAAGCAGAUAUUUCGAAAAUGCAGCCAAGAAGCCAGAUUUCGAAUUAAGACAAAACUAAAAAAUCUAAUCGGUGUCAAUUUGAACAUACUACAUAAAACAGAAUUUAAUGUUGAUGACUGCAGCACAGAAAGUUCAAAUACUCUGUUCAGAAUCAUUGAAGAAUGUCUGAAUGAAUCAUUAGCAUCGACAACGCAUGACAUACAGAUACAUCGGCAUUCUAUCAUUACAAACAUUUUGGAGCAUAUCUCAGAAUGCAUCGAGGAUCACACGCAGUAUGCCUGCAUAAUGAAUCACCAAGAAGCAUUUCACCAUGCGAUGAAGUCUCUAGUAUUCAUAGUAAGAGAUUAUGCUUUGAAAAUUUUGGAAAUUCUAAGGCACAGAUCAGAAGUAAAGAAAAACUACAGUGCAAGCAGGCUUUGCUUCAGUAUGCUUGACUACGACAAAUUAGACUGUAAAAAUCAGUUUUAUGUUUACGCAAUGUGCGUCAGGAAUGGAACAAGGAACGAGGAAGUGUCUGGGAAAGUAAAUUCAUGUGUGAAGGAAGCGUUCAAAGCCUGUCCAGAAGAUGCUCUUGACAGGCUGAUAGAAAUAAUUAUUGGGGCAGUGGAUGGUCAUGGAGGAAAAAUAACGGACUGGGUGGAUGAAAUUGAAUCGGCACGAAAGGCUGAAGCAGGAGCGGAAGAUGAUUAUCCUCAUUAUCCUUCGCACGAUUCAUGCGAUGAGAGUAAAAUAGGCACAUGGAUAAAAGAACUGAAAAAAUGCUGUCAUGCUACAAUAAAGAAAAAACGAAAACUUAAGAGAGUGAUGCAGAAUGUGGACAAAUGCUUAAAGCGUACUGCACCAAAGGGUUGUAAUUUGGACAAUUAUUCACAGUUUAACGAAUUAUUCCACCAUGUCAUUGCAAUUAUUAAGGACUAUAUGAAGAGAAAGAAAGGAAAAGAUGAGUGUAGUGAUUCUAUUGAUUCUGAUAGCAUGAAGGAUUGCUCAUCGAAAUUUUUCUUGUAUGCUGUAAAUAUUCAGCAACAUAUCAACAACAGAAAAGAUAAAAUAUUGUAUAAAAAAGUCAAAGUUUGCUUCCACUCUGCAUUGAAAGCGUGUGAAUUAUGGGUUGUCGAUGCUUUUAUUACAAUUGAUGCUUCUAUUAUAAUGGUUCCAAUUCCGAAUGAUGAUAAACCAGAUGUAAUUAUUACUACAACUUAUCCAGAUCAAUCAGUUGUUACUUGUUUUGCUACGAAUACUGUCCCUAUUAUUACCACAACUAGAAAGCAACGUAAAACUUUGUCCACUAUUAUUGUGAGUGAAGAUACAACAUGCCCACGUUGUCCAACUGCACCACCUACAAGGCUUGUUAAGACAACAUCCAGAAAAAAGCCAAGCACUUCUCCUGCUGCUAUCUCAGUUCAUACUGCUUCUCUUCGAUCAACUACUUCUAGCCCUGCUAUUUCGAUUCAUACUGCUCCUGCUCCAUCAACUACUUCAGGCGUUGAGCUUCGUCUCAUCCCACCUACUAAAAGGCAUAAAACUCGCACCACAACUGAAACAUCAAAAUCUAUUACUCGAGCACCUGAAACCAUUCAUAUUCCCAUAAAAACAAAAACUUGGCCUCAAAUCUUGAUUAGAACAACAACAAAGAGACACGUCUUCACUGCUCCAACUAUAACUGAUACAGAUCAAGAAACUACUCCUGGUGGUACUUAUAUUUUUACAUACUUCAGUGUACAGUGUGCAAGAAAAAUUAACUACUCUGAAUAA